AUACUGAUAGUGUGCGGAUUUAUCGAAUACAAACAAAAUGGCCGCCUCAUCUAAAUUACCAGUAGGGCUUGGAACAAGACUCUUGAAUGCCAUGUCCACCUGGUAUAGGAAUAACUCGGGCUAUAGGAGGCUAGGUCUUUUCAGAGACGAUUUGGUUGAUGCUGAGUACAAUGAGAAUGUUAAGGAGGCAGUGAGACGUCUACCGGAGGAUGUCAUGAAUCUGAGGCAGUUCCGUAUCAAGAGAGCACUGGAUCUCUCAAUGAAGCACUCCAUAUUACCAAGGGACCAAUGGACGAAACCUGAAGAGGACGUACAAUAUUUGACUCCUCUUAUCGAGCAGGUCACUAAAGAGUUUUUAGAAAGAAAGGCUUGGGAAAGACGCUAGUACAGACACACACACUCACUCGAAAUAAUUAUUAAAACAAUAGUGCUGUAGAUUUUCUUAGAUGUAGAUCAUUAUUUAAAAGUAUGUUACCAUUGAUUAAUGAAAAA